AUGGACUGGCUCGACCCUCACCUCCGCAAGCUAGUUUAUUCAUCGGUCGUCGCUGUUGUAUCUAUUUGCGGCCAGUUUACUACUGUUAUAAUGGCUACCGAGCCAAACACUGCUACUGUCGGACCAGUACCAGCUGAGCCAAAAGCGCAAUGGAAUGUGGCAGAGACGAACGCUCUUCUCGAUCACCUAGUCAGCAACAAAUCCGAGGUUGGGGAUGGCGGUUUCAAGCCAUCUACAUUUACCUCAGCAGCAACUGCCCUUGCAAGGGCCAACCUGCUAACUGCAGGCCCUCCAAAGACAAAUAAACGCUGUAGAAGUAAAUGGAACACGGGAUAUACCGAGAGAUCCAAAACUAUCGCAAUGUCUCAGGAGCUCACUGGGAUAAUACCAGAGGCGCUGGAAUCGAAGGAAGGACUGCAUUAG